UGCCGCUGCGGGCCGCGGGGCCAAGGCCAUGUCCCGGAAGCAGGCGGCGAGGAGCCGGCCGGGCAGCGGCAGCCGGAAAGCCGAGGCCGAGCGCAAGCGGGACGAGCGGGCGGCGCGUCGGGCCCUGGCCAAGGAGCGGCGGAACCGGCCGGAGCCCGGCGGCGGCGGCGGCUGCGAGGAGGAGUUCGUCAGCUUCGCCAACCAGCUGCAGGCCCUGGGGCUGAAGCUGCGGGAGGUGCCGGGGGACGGCAAUUGCCUAUUCAGGGCUCUUGGUGAUCAGUUGGAGGGACACUCACGAAAUCACCUCAAGCACCGACAAGAGACAGUGGACUACAUGAUAAAGCAGCGAGAAGAUUUUGAACCCUUUGUAGAAGAUGACAUUCCUUUUGAGAAACACGUGGCCAGUUUGGCAAAGCCUGGAACAUUUGCUGGCAAUGAUGCAAUUGUAGCCUUCGCAAGAAAUCAUCAGUUGAAUGUGGUGAUUCAUCAACUUAAUGCCCCUUUGUGGCAGAUUCGUGGUACGGAUAAGAGCAACGUGCAGGAGUUACACAUCGCGUACCGGUACGGAGAGCACUAUGACAGCGUUCGGAGGGUCAAUGACAACUCAGAAGCGCCUGCACAUCUCCAGACUGAUUUUCAGAUGCUUCAUCAAGAUGAAUCAAAUAAGAGAGAGAAGAUCAAAACAAAGGGAGUUGACUUUGAAGAUGACCUGAGAGAUGAAGUAGAAGAUGCUGUCCAGAAAGUCUGCAAUGCAACUGGAUGUUCAGAUUUUAAUUUGAUAGUCCAGAACCUGGAAGCUGAAAAUUAUAAUAUUGAAUCUGCGAUAAUUGCCAUGCUCCAGAUGAACCAGGGGAAAAGAAAUAAUGCAGAGGAGAACCUUGAGUCCAGUGGCCGAGUGCUGAAGCAGUGUGACCCUUUAUGGGAGGAGGGUGGCAGUGGCACCAGAAUCUUUGGAAAUCAGGGCUUAAGUGAAGGCAGAACUGAAAACGAUAAGUCUCGGGCCAGCCCUAGUGAAGAAAACAAAGCAAAUAAAAAUCACCUCCCAAAGGUCACAAACAAACAGAGGCGAGAACAGCAGCGACUAGAGAAGAAGAAACGACAGGAGGAGAGGCACCGUCACAAAGCCCUGGAGAGCAGGAGUAGCCACAGGGACAACAACAGGAGUGAAGCAGACGCGAGCACCCAGGUCACCUUGGUGAAGACUUUCGCGGCUCUCAACAUCUGA